AUGGAGAGAUUCUUUAAACCUAAACGAGUCCGUAGUGGUGAAUCUUCAAAUGAGCCUAAUAUUAGUGAACCAGUUCAAAAUCAAUCUUGUGUGGAAUUGAAUUUAAAUGAUAUUGUUAGUGAUCCGAGAUUACGAAAAUCAGUUGAGAAAUUUGAUAUUUCUCUUCGAGACCAUGUCCGAAGAGAGUAUUUGACUAGGGGACCUUGCCAACCGAUUGGCCAUAUGUAUCCAAAAACAUCAUUUGGUAAACAACAUAGAAAUUUCCAAGAUAGUUGGUAUCAAAAGUUUGUAUGGUUAGAGUAUAGCAUAUCGAAAGAUGCGGCGUUUUGCUUUUGGUGCUUUCUUUUCAAAACACAAAAUAAGGGAGGUCGAUAUGCAGAGGAUGCCUUUACAAAAACGGGAUUCAAUAAUUGGAAAAAGGCAAUGGAAAGAUUUAAUGAACAUAUUGGAGCUGUGAAUAGUUGCCAUAAUGAUGCUAGAAUACAGUUUGAAAGUUUUCAAGAUCAAAGGCAUAGUGUGUCAAAUGUGCUACGAUCUUGUGGGCGCGAAAUAGAUAUUGCAUAUCGCACCCGUUUAACUGCUGCUCUGGAUGUGACCCGCUUUCUUUUGAAGCAAGGAUUGGCUUUUCGUGGAAAUGAUGAGUCAACUAGUUCUUCAAAUAGAGGCAAUUUUCUUGAAUUGUUUGAGUGGUAUAGCCAGCGAAAUACUGAGAUUUUUGAGGUUGUAAAUCAAAAUGCUCCUGCAAAUAAUCAACUAACUUCUCCAAUGAUUCAAAAAGAUAUGGCACAUGCUUGUGCCUCAGAGAUCACAAGUGUUAUAAUCAGUGAUAUUGGAGACAAUUAUUUUUCCCUAAUAGUUGAUGAGUCUCGAGACAGUUCAGUGAAAGAGCAAAUGGGAGUUGUUUUGAGAUAUGUGAACAAAGAAGGGCGUAUGCAAUUGAUUCUUUAUUCGCGCAACACGGAUUAUCAUUAUCCAAAUUGA